AUGUCUUCUCGCCGUGAUUAUGAUCGGUCGCGAUCUCCGUCUUCUCGUUCAAAGAGUCAUCGCGUCCACUUGAGAGAAGGUAAUGAAGGCGAAUAUAAGCCUCGAAAAGAGAAAAAACACAAGAAAAUUCAUGACCAUUUGGAUACCGAUUCAAAUAAUUCUCACAAGCAACCGAAAGGAUUUCAAUCUAUUUCGGAAGAUGAUUAUUUCUCAAAGUCAACAGAGUUUCGUAUUUGGUUGAGAGAAAAUAAAGAUAAAUUUUUUGAUGAACUGAGCUCUAAUCAAGCACACCGUUAUUUUAAGAAAUUCAUUAGUUCUUGGAAUAAAUGCAAAUUAGACAAAACGACUAGAUACAAAUGGAAGAAUUUAAAAAUUAAUCAAGAUGAACUUGAUUCCCUUAAGCAUUCGAUAGAUAGACAGACUAAUACUAAAUUUGCAAUGGAAGUUCAAAUGAGAUCUGGAAAAACCGAUCAAAUAAAUAAAAGGACUAUUGGUCCAACUAUGCCUCCUACAUCAUUGCAAGGUGGAAAUGAAGAAAUGGAUCAAGAAGAUAGGGAACGUUAUGAACGAACGUUGAAAAGGAAAGAGCGUAAAGAUUUUCAAAAAACACAUGAAGCUGUUCUUGAUGAAUUAAUACCAAAAGCAACAGGGAAGGAAGCUAUGAUUGAAAAGAAAAGGACCAAGAAUGCAUAUUAUCGAAGAGAAGAAAGUCCGGAUGUCGAAUUAAAUGAAAGGGAUCUUAUGGGAGAUGAUGAUUUUCGAUCGAGUUUUGCAGCACAAAAACGAGCAAGUGAUGCACGUGAACAGCGAAAACAAGCUUAUAAAGCAGAGAAAGCAGCAAGUUUACAAGAGAAAGCUAUUGCAUAUAAAUCAAAGGAACAGGAUACAAUGGAAAUGUUUAGAAGAUUAGCGGAAGAACAACGUAAAGCUGGACGUGGAAUGUGGAGCAAAUCUAAUAACGAUAAUGAUUCGUAA